AUGACCUCAAAUCCAUCUGACGACACCAGAAGCGGCAGCGCCGCCAGCAGCAGCGACGCCCCUGGGGCGUCGCCGAGUCCAAAGCAACCUCCGGCUUUGCGCCUCGAGCGCGAGCUGCAGCAUGUGCUGGCCCUGCGCCUGCCCACAGCCUCGAACCAAGAUCACGCGCGCCGCUCCCCGGAAGCCGCGGCCGCCGUCGAGGGCGUGGCCGCCGCGGCCGCCGAGCUGGAGGGACCGCUGCGCCGGCAGCACCUGCAGCUGAUUGGGGAGCUGCGGCGGCGCCUGGACGAGGCGGUGGCCCGAGGCGAGGAGGCCCAGGCGGUGCUCUUGAUGGACGCUUGCGCCGCCACGCUGGAGGGCAGGAACGGCGCGAACGGGCCUGCGGGCGCCCGGGAGCGGGCAGCUCAG